GACUCUGUGUGUGUGUGUGUAUUUAUACAGAACUGCUCAACUGGUCAAAGGAGAUUUUAAGGAUAUAGUACUAAUUUUUUCUUCUUGUUAAAGCUGCACUGUCAGUUGCUGCUGAUAAAAGGUGGCAUCGAGCCAGCUUCCUGAAGGAGCUAUGGGGAGGGUCAUGGCUUGUCAUGACCUGGGCACCGGUACUUGAAUGUUGUUAUUAUUGGGAUGAAGUACCCUUAGGCUGUCAUCCUUCCUGUAAAUAGAAGGGGUUCUGAUUCUCUGUGGUUUCCCAGUUUACCAACUUGCAGAACAGCUAUUUUGUUGGCCCUAAGUUGGACUGAAUAAUGAAUUAGAAGCACAGCACUAUUCCAGGAGGCACUGAUUCAUCAUUUUAAUCUGUUAGCCUAGACUAAAUCAUAGUCAGUAAAGCCAAAUAAGAAUCUGUUUCCAUAUAGUUUAUAAAUUUAGGAACUCAUUUGUAUUGGCAUAUAGCCAACAAAUUGCCCAGCUCCACUCUGCAUGAAGUAAGGGCAGAAUUGUAAUUAGCAAGGAGCAUAACUGAGGGCCAAAAGUGACUUUUUUCAGUGACAUAGAGGAGUCACGGUGAUGCUGGCAGAGGGGAUGAUUCUUCUCCCUUGGAGUCGGUCGCCGUUCAACCACUGCUUUGCUUCAUUGCCUCUUAGAAGAGUAACAAGAACAGUUCUGUUAAUGCAUCUAUUAACUAAACAAAUUCUGUUGUUAAUUUCCAGAAAAAUCAAAUAAAACCAUUCAAAUUAGAAUAUAAUGUUUGCAAGAUACUGGCCUGUGUUUCGGUUUAUCAGGAUAGAGUCAUAAGCGUGCUGUUGUUGAAGUUUUCACCAAUGUGUUGCUGUUGUAACUGAAGUCUCAUCUAUCCUGAUGAAUAUUUCAUUUCCCCAAUCAUGCUAUUAAAAACAGAGUGUUUUUACCCUUUCAUUUCUGCUUUCUCUUUUCCAGUACCAUCGUGACAGCUGUGGCUGCGUCCUGUUUACAAAUUGCUGCUAGUCACAUUUUCAGUAGUCCUUAUGGGUUUUGCUUUCCCUUAAUACAUCCAAUUAGGAGGAAAUAUUUCUCACAAACACGGACUUGCUCUUCUCCUUAUAAUGACAUAGUUCUGCAAUCCAGGAAACAGUGCUGCAUGGUGUCCAUGUCCAUGAUUUCCUGAUGUGGGAAAAACGUGUGGAAAGCAUCUGGAGAGGAGGAGACCCCCUUUACCAGCUUGUUUCCUGUUCUGUGACUGGCUGCCACAUAAUCUUUUCUGUGUGCAAUCGUAACUACCUCCACAGGCACUCAAGCAAUCAUCAGCAAAGACGCUUCUUCUUUCAGGGACAAAGAAAUGCUGCUUAUAGUAUAGUUCGGCCAGCCAUGGUUUCUCCAGCUCACCAAGUUCCUAAGCACAUAAAGAAGCCAGACUAUGUGACGACAGGCAUUGUACCAGACUGGGGAGACGACAUAGAAAUUAAGAAUGAAGAUCAGAUUCAAGGGCUUCGUCAAGCUUGUCAGUUGGCCCGUCAUGUCCUGCUUCUGGCUGGAAAGGGCUUAAAGGUUGGCAUGACAACUGAAGAAAUAGAUUCCAUUGUUCAUCAUGAAAUAAUCAGACAGAAUGCCUAUCCAUCACCUCUGGGCUAUGGAGGUUUUCCAAAAUCUGUUUGUACUUCCGUAAACAACGUGGUAUGUCACGGUAUUCCUGACAGUCGACCUCUUCAGGAUGGAGAUAUUAUCAACAUUGAUGUCACAGUGUAUUACAAUGGCUACCAUGGUGACACUUCUGAAACCUUUUUGGUGGGCAAUGUGGAUAAAUCUGGUGAAAAGUUAGUGGAGGUUGCCAGGAAAUGUAGAGAUGAAGCAAUUGCAGCUUGCAGACCAGGGGCUCCCUUCUCUGUAAUUGGAAACACAAUCAGAGAAUUAGCUGUUGUCUGGCAACAUGGGAAGAGGAUGCUCAGAUGGCAGCUGACACCCAUUUCUCCUGUCUCCACUCUCCGAAGCAUGACACCACCGUAUGACAGACUCUGACAAUGGCUCCAGGAGGAUAUCUUGGCCCUCAGUGAUGUUCCUUUACCAGCUGGGUCACUGCUGAUCCAUCCCAAUGCCAGACACUUGGCCUGGCUUUGCCAUCAGCAAAAGAAAAGCAGCACUGGAGCUACUCUUGACUCUGCUGCCACUGGGUUGGAACAGAUGGCAGCAAAACAUAAAAUCAAAUACUGGGGUCACUAAAUAAUUAUGCUUUUAAUCCUGCCCAGUUCACCUCUGCCCAAAUAUGCAACAAAAAUCAAUAUGUGUGAUAAUAAAUGUUGUCAAUGGGUAUUUUUAACAAUUACUAUUCUGAAGAAUUUUUUUUUCUCUUGAUGCUGUCUUGUGAGGUGUACCUCUGCUUCCCCAGCAUUUGCUCUGGAAAUUAUUUGCUGGGAUGUGCCCCAUCCCUGGGGAACUGGCAGACUGACACAUCCUUUCCCACAGCAGAUGCCAGGCAGCCCAGCUCAGCCACAGCAGCCUCUGCCUCCUCCCUUCACUGCUUUCCCACUUGCAAUCAGGGUUCCUCCAGUGUCUAAGCUUACUGUCUGCAGGAAGCAUUUGAUGAAAUUGGGGUGGCAAUCUUGUAAGAUUGUCUUAUGGGAAAGCCACAAAGAAAAGCCACCACUGACAGGUCCUGGGCUGGGCAGUGAGACCAAAAUGUUGAGCUGUUGUCAGCAACAAAUGGUAAAUGUGUGCAAAAAUGCUCCACUCCCUGGCAUCUUGAUUUUUGAAUCAGAUUCCACAGUUUGGGAAUCCUGGAGACCAGAGAGGCUAAGCAAGACCAGUAGUUCAUUUUGCUCUUCUCAGAACUGUUCCAAAGUUACAACCAACAUGUUCAUUUACAGGAUUACCUUUGCAAAUUGUAGCUAGGAUUAGCAGAUUUGGGGUUUUUUUUGUUAUGAAGACUGUUUACUGUAAUUCCACAAGGAUUUAAAAGCUUGCUGGAAUUUUAAAGCUAGUAGUUGUGGAGAGAAACGCCUCAUAGGACCUUCUGAAGUGCAUGCAAAUACUAAAACCAGAUUGAAAGUGGCUGAGUUUCAACCUACAGUUUAUUUUCUGUGUGUCACUUCAGGUCUGUUGACCAUGUUACAUUUUAUGUAGAGAAUACCAAGACUCUGUAUGUAAACAAGAAGGAAGAAGGAGGGGCAUGGUGUCUGUCAGAGUAGAUGUCAAAGCCCUGUGAGCUCCAGGAUCCUUUCCAGGGUCCCCUCUGAUCACAGGCAGUAACCACUGAAGUACUGAUGCUAACAGAGUUGUUUUCAAGCUGUUUGACAAGAAAGUGGUAGAAUUCACCAUUGAGAUGCAUAUGAAUAAUUUCUUUGACUGCAGGAGGACAGGAUACGGUUGUAACACUGCCUUCUGUGUACCCUGGUGCUUGUGCACUUGGUGCCCAACAUGCAGCUCCUGCUGCUACUGCCACCCUCCUUGGCAGCAGCUGAAUGCUGAGGCUGGAGCUUCCCCUGCUCCCUGGAAAGUAUGUAGCUGUGGUGCUCAGAGCUGCGCAGAGUGAAACUAUUUCUGUCUUGCUACAGAACAUGAUUUUUCUGGAAGAAAAAUCAUGUAGUAAUACAAAAAAUGGCCAUGGUCUAUCAGUGGUCAGGGAUGCCAUGUAAGGACAUCAGCAAAACUGAACAGUUAGUGUGAUUGUUUAUGAUUUUGCAAAAAGACUGGCAGAAGAAGAUGAAAGAAAACCUUAUCAUAUGUUGCAUGGAUGGCUUCUCCCAUCUCUCUUCAGAGAAUCACUUCACUCAUAUGGAAAACAUCAUCUGCAUUGCUCUGGGCUUGGUCAGUGGAGAUCUUGAAUUUUGUGUAUGUUUCUGAAGAAUCUGGCUUUCUAACUCAUUGCCAUUCCCUGUAUUUCUUUCUUGGCCUUCAGCAGCAUCAUAGCCAGCAGGCCAAGUCUCUGACCCAGAUACAAGGGCAUGAUAGAAAGGCAGGGGAGAAAGUAUUUUCCAUCUCUAGUAGCACUUCUCGUCGCAUAAUCCUUCAUUGUUUUUUUCAAUAUAAUUUAUGUAUAAAGUUUAUGUAAACAUAAACUAUUUAUAAAGCCUGGACUUAGAGUGCAAACAAAUGAAGCCCAAAUUUCUAGCUUUAUCGGUAAUCCUCUUUGCCAGUACUUUGGAGUUUGGGGGUAGCUAAACCUGAAAUUUCCAUUCUUCUCCAGAGUUACUGAAGAAAUGUGGUCAGUCUUUAUAUCAGAGCAAUGCGUAGGUAAAAAGUAAUAUACAAAUCCUGUUGAAGCAUGUUCUAAGGUCUGAACACUGCAGCAUUAACCAACUCUACUCUCUCAGUGCCGUUACUGUGGUGGAGCAGCAUGUCCCUCAAUUGAGUGGCAUUAAAUUCUGGGGCGCUGACCCAUGGGCUCUGGAGCCAGUACUGCAGAGUCUGAGGAGCCUGGUGUGCAAAGGGGAUUACUUUGUACAGCAAGCUGAGGCCACUUUGCACCUGAAUAAAAGCUACCCCACGGGGAUUAACAGGCUUUAAUUUCUGCAACAGCUUUACCUUUAGUUGAGUUGCUUAACUUUUUCAGCUUUCCACCUGUAGUGAAACUGUGAGAGAACAUUUCCUAAGACAUAAAUACAGAUAAACCUGAAGUUCUCCAGUGACUACCUUCAUUCAAAGAAGCAAGUGAAGCUUUUAAUGUUUCAGGCAAAAUCUCUUCAGGCUAAGUGCCUUCCUGUCUUGCUCCUCUUUGAUUUUAGAAAUAGUAUGGGGGUGAUAUGUAGGGACAAGGGUGACUUUCUUGUCACUUCUAAUCAAUCUCCAGAUCUUCCUGAAUCUCUGCAUUUUUCUGGUUUGGAUAUGGGCAGGCCUCCUGGCUGAACAGCCUCAAAUCACUCCGUCCACCACUGCCUCCACCACUGCUUGAGUACAGGGAGAGCCUGAAAGUGAAGCUUGCGAACAUGGGGUGGGCCAGCAGCCAGAGGAUAUCCCAUGUAUCUCCAGGUCCUCCAGUUUUGGGGAACUGGAAUAGGAUUUUGCUUUCCUACCAUGGGUGGGGAUCAGUGCCCAGCCAUGGUCCUGCAGGCAGUUCUCAGAGAUGCUUUUCCCUGAGGCAGGCCAUGAAAGUCAGGACAGAUUUUGCAGGCAGAACUGAAGCACUGUAAUUGUUAUGAUUUGGCUUUGCCUCUGUGGCAGUUGGUUCAUUAGAAGUACAUUUUUAUUUAGCAUAAAUGUAUUUGCUGGACUUUCAAUUUGUUUUUAUACUAAAUGUUUGAAGUACUAUGAAAGCGAAGUAGUAGGGCUCUUAACUCUCCCUGUUGGCAGCAGGAGCCUCUUCUGCAGGAAACCCAGUGCAGGCCCCUGGGUGUGCAGCCCAGCACAGACUCCGCAGUUACAGAGAGCUCGGCAGACACCGUGGUUUGGUACUGUGCUGGGGCCUUGUCCGCCCAACUUGGCAACUUCAGCUGUGCCAUCUCAAAAUGAGUUCCCAAUGUGCUUGUGGAAAAGGUUACCCUCCAUCAAGCAGGGAAACAACACACCGCCGUUUUACCUAGACAGCAGGGCUGGCACGGGAGCUACCCGCCUCUGUUGGCAGGCGUGUUAACUCUGAAACCUAACAAUGGCUCAGCCGUGCUCACUUCAAUGGCUGUCUUUCGGAACGGUCUCAAAGUGGUGACCCAGUGUCGGUAGCAACACGGUAGCAGGGGCUGGGGCGGUCUAGGGGGGGUUGUGGUCGGGGCACGCACUCUGACAGGUCCUCUUUGCCC